AGAUCUAGAAGAAGCUUCCCGAGCAAAAGGCUUGCAGGCCAGCCAUGAUCCUCCGCGUAGGGCUGUGUCCUGGCCUCACCGCUGAGAUGGUCCAGCUUCUGAAGACCAGUGGCAUCAACACUGUGGUGGAUCUUGUCUCGUCAGAUCUGGAGGAAGUUGCUCAGAAGUGUUCCUUGUCUUACAAGGCUUUGGUUGCAAUAAGACGUGUCUUGCUCGCUCACUUUGCCUCCUUCCCGGUCAACGGAGCAGAUCUCUACGAAGAGCUCAAGAACGCCACGGCCAUCUUGUCUACCGGGAGCAAAAGCUUGGACAAGAUCCUAGACUCUGGCUUGUACACUGGGGAGGUGACGGAGUUUAUGGGGACAGCUGGUGCUGGCAAGACUCAGGUGUGCCUCAGCAUAGCAGUGAAUGUGUCCCAUAACCUCAAGCAGAAUGUCUUGUACAUCGACUCCAUGGGGGGCUUCACAGCCUCGCGCUUGCUACAGCUGCUUCAGGACAGGACUGAGAAUGAGGAGGAGCAGGUGGAGGCAUUGCAGAGGGUGCAGAUCGUCCGCGUGUUCGAUGCCUACAAAAUGCUGGAUGCAUUGCAGGACUUUCGGAGCAGCAUGGCGCACCAGGUCAUGAGUGCAUCAGGGCCGGUGAAAGUUUUGGUGAUUGAUUCUGUCUCUGCUGUCAUUUACCCUCUCUUGGGAACCCAGCAGCCUGACGCCUGUUGGGAUUCGGGCAGAUCUGGAUCUGGGGAACUGGGAACCGAAGGAAGGCAGUUCGAUGAGGACUGGAGAGGAGGAACCAUGAUGGAAGAUGCUAACGAGUGUGCCUGCCUGUUGAGCAGCCGGCUGUCUUGCAAGAUGCAGAGCCCGUAUGUGGAGAGCGCCGUUGGGUCUUCUGGGCUUCAAAAGGAGAGGACAGUGUCCUGUUUUCCUGAGUAUUGACAUUCCCUGGAUUUAAUCGAGGAGGAGCUUUCGGCUGGUUAAAGUUACAUGGCGAUGGUUCCACGCAACUGUCACUUAAUUUGGACUAAUGUGCAGUUCGACAGAGUAAUACUGCUACUAAUAAAAAAAGGAUGGACAAAAAAAGAGACUCCAUGUUCUUAUUCCUCAUUUUGCCACCCCAUUCUGAAAUCCUGAUUAAACACAUACGCAACCACAGUUAAGGUGUUCAAGGUGUGUGCGCGUGGGACUCAAAAGCCAAAGCGGAUCAAUAAUGCACACACACAGCAGCGUGAGACUCUUCUGAAUUUUUAGUGGCGACAUUCUCCACUGAGGAGGGCAAAGGGAUAUUAUUUGGAUUAUUUUAAUUUUAUCCUUUGGGCCUUCCCCUCACGGCUGUAUUCGAACUGUGGCCUCUUCGUCGCUUGUGUUCUGGGCGGCUUUUUUUUCAGCUGAAUUGCGACCUCCGCUCCGCUUGGCGGC